UGGUUUUGUUGUAUCCGGAAGAAGAUUUCAAGUUAGCUCGUUGGCUAAUGCAACUUCUCACGCUUAUGUUAAAACAGGUUAAUCAGGUUGUCUGUAAUAAUCGUUAGUAACUGAAAGUAUGCGAUGGCACUCGUGAGGAGUAUCUGAACCUGGCGCUGGCUCUCUGCUGGUGGUGUAUUUCCUUAUUAUGAUGCUGUAGUCAGCUAACAUCCAGUAGCUAACUAACUAGGUGCAGCAUGAAACCCACGAUAAUGAGGCAGUGUGUUCUCCAUGGACCGAGUGGAUCAUGUCUCUGAUCCUGUUCGCCUUUGUGGUUCGAGUGAGGGAUGGACUCCCUCUGUCGGCCUCCACAGACUUUGAACACAACCGAGAGCUCCAGGAGAGGAAGCAGCAGCUCAGGACCAUCAGCAAGGCACUGGCCCGUUUCCCUGACAGAGGGACCGUCAAGGGCCAGGAGCUCAACAUAUACUUCGUCUCUUCAGAGGGUGUAUCCUACAUGACCGUGUGCCACUGCAGCCUCCCUGUUGCUAAGGCCUUCUGCUUCCUGGAAGAUCUGCGCUGGGAGUUCACAGCAUGCUUCAAUAGCACUGUUGUUGCCUUGGCAGCCAGACCGUAUCCAUUUUUGGAAUUUGACAGCACCAUCCAGAAGCUGAAGCAGCAGUACAACCAGAGCGGUGGUCCGGCCCUGGAGGUGACCCUGGCAGAGGUCCAGGGGGAUCUGAGGAUCCAUCCACCUCAAGUCAUUAACUUGGAUGAAGUGGAGCUCACUAACGGCACUGCCAAUGGGCACAUGGAGCAAGGUCCUGGAUCUGGUCAGAGUGUAAGACUGGAACCAGUGACAGCGCCAGGCAUCCUCUCUCUGGUCCUAAAUAUCAUGUGUGCAUCUUUGAACAUAAUCCGCGGUGUUCACCUCAUAGAGAACACAUUCCAGGAUGAUUACGAAAGUGUUUGGAAUGUUGUGGCAUUUUUUCUGGCGUUUGUCUGCUGUGUGCUUCAGUGCCACCUCUACCUGUUCCACUCAUCCCUGAAGAAACCCAAGUCCUUCACUCUCCUGAGUGUGAUCGUCCUAUGCAACCUCUAUCUGCUCGGCCUGAGAAACGUGUGGCAGCUGAUCUUCCACAUGUCUGUCGCCUCCCUCUCCACUGUCCUCAUCCUCACCCGCAAACUGCAAGACAGAACCAAUGAUUGUGGGGUCUGAGGAGCAGAGGACAUUAGACAGCUCUUUCUCUCUCCAGUUUUCAGUGCAGGUGAGAACGACAGGGAAGCAAAUGGCUUGAUCCACAGGAGUUCUGAAGAACCUACUUGCACUUUGUGUACAUUUGCUUCAGAGACUGUAAAGAGAAUACAGUGACAUGUAGUUCUUUCUGGAACCUUUAACGUAUCUGCAAACAGAUACAAACAGAGAAGCUUAAACGUGACGUCUGUUGUAGAAGGAAAAUGUUUGUGCCAUUUGUUUCAAAGAGUUUUUGAAGAAAAUGGAGGAGUUUUUUCAGUCAGAGUUGCUGACCAAAGUUUUUCAUGUAGAGACAAAAAUUUCUGUCGAAGCUGGUCAUGCUCGCUCACGUUCAGCUCAGUAUUAUUUCUGCAACCACAGGCCGUUGAUUAUUUUUACAUGAUCAGUUUAAGUGACAGUUUGUGAUUGUAACAGACAUUAGAUUUAACUGUUCUUAGAUUAUUAGCAGACAUUUAGGUCUGUCUAUGCCACAUUGGUGGCGGUGUGAUACUUAAAUGAUGUAGUGCAGUUCGAUUUAGGAUCAGUGACAGUCAAGUAAAGCAGCAGCUAUAUUUAUUUGUUUUCUAUUAUUUGCUCAUUAGGCUGCAGUAAAAACCUAAAAGGUGUAAAUGUAAAGCUGUGGGUUGUUUCAUGCCUUACUGUGUGACAAUGCAAUUCUUUUAGUUUGUUAAAUUGUGUUGACUUUUGUACCGAUACUCCAGCAAGUGCUCAGCUAGUCAUUGCAAAGGUUCAAAUGUAAGGGCUCCGUUAUUCAAUGACUUAAUGGAAACUACAUUCAAUACUGAGGGAAUAUUAGUCUUAUAUAAGUGUAAGGCAUGAUUUUAAGGCAUAUUAUCUUAAUAUUUUCAAUAUAGUUUGUCAUUACAGGAGACUUUCAUCAUAUCAGCUCCAUUUUUGUAUCAUCAAAACAAUUUCAGUUUGUCUGUUUUAUCCUUUUCUUCUGAUCUCUGCAUUGUCAAAACUGUGGGUAAGACUAUGAAAGCACUAAUUUGAUGGUAAAUUAUUAUUAAGAUUUGUUGGAGAAAAAUGUUUGACUGCACUAUUAGACUUAGAUUUUUUGUGUUGGUUAUGGUAAUUGUUCUUGAAUAUGUUGCAAAUUGGGCUCAGCUAUUUAUAUCCUGAUUUAAGUUUACUUGGUUCAUUUGUUUCGUCUCGCUUCAGGGUUUAUAACGCAGCUCCCUAUAUGUAGUUCUCAGAUUGUUAUAAACACAGAAAUCAUAUGGUUAUAAUCUAUGUUUAAAUAGAACAGUAGCGCUGCUAAAUAAAUAGGCAAAGUAUAAGUCUCCUAGGUAUUUUUUUUUUUAACAUUUUUGUGUAUUUAGCUUCUUAGACAUUCGUUUUUUUAAAUAGCUAAACAGUUGCACUAAUGUCAGUUAAAGGGACAGUUCACCCCAGAAUCAAAAAUACAUAUGUUUCCUCUUACCUGUAGCUCUAUUUAUUAAUCUAGAUUGUUUUGGUGUGAGUUGCAGAGUGUUGGAGAUAUCAGCUGUAGAGAUGUCUGCCUUCUCUUGAAUAUAAUGGAACUAGAUGGCACUCAGCUUAUGGUGCUCAAAGUGCCCCCCCCCCCC